CAAGAAUCCGACGGAGAAUAAGAGAAUACCAGCCCUGGAAUCUGUUGGAUCGCUUAGUGAAGCCCAGUUUUUCAUCAGCAGACGAAUUCAUGGAAUUCUUCCACUCCUUGCUGGAGAAUGUUAAGGACGUUAUGGAAUGUGGUUUAGGAUGUUGUGGAAUGCUGGAAACCCUUCAAGAGAAGUUGGUAUCCCUUGACAAUUUGAUUCAGUUUGCCACGCUACGAGGCAAGCCCCCCGGGGUAGUGAAGAAGCUUUGUGGAGCUGUGGUUCUAUCUGCAGCACAUCUUUGUUAUAUUUACUAUUUGUUUUUAGAUGAUGGUAGUCAAGCAUUUGAUGAACUUAGAUUGAAGAUUACUGAAUCAGUAGAGAACAUCAAGCAUGCUUAUCAGCAAGUCCGUUUGGCUUGCUUUGGCGUCUUGCAAUCUGGAUCAUCUUCGCUCAUUGUGUCCACCCAGACCGAUAGAUCUCUGAAGCAUCACUUGAAGAUACUCUAUGAGGGGCUUCAAUUCCUGAGCAUCAUUCUCCAAAAGCAGCAAGAGAAGUAUGAUGGACUACCUCGAAGAACCAAGGAUCUUAUUGGAGCUGUGGUCGAAGAUGCUGCAAUUGUAAUUUUCUCACUUUAUCAGAAGAAAAUCCGAGAAGCUUCGGCCAAGGAAACAGAUGUUAAGCUCUUUUGUUUACUGUACAAGAUUAAGCUUAUUAAGGCAGAAGUUGAGGAACAGCAUCCUGUCGAUUUAAGGUUUAACUUUCCUACGACCAGUGAACUGGGGUUUAUCGAUCUUCUCCUACAAAAAUUGAAGGAACUGGCAAGCAGUAAAGUGGAUCCACUUGCUUUUGCUAGGGAUGGAGCUGGCUUCUUAAAAACGUACUUGAAGAAGACCGAGGAAGAUUCCCGAAGGUCUUUAAAGCAGGAAGUUCCAAAAGGGCUCCGAUUACCUUGGCUGAAUGAGAUGGAGCAGCACGACCUGCAACACAAGCUCCAACUUCAAAGAUUGAAAAAAGAUAUUUCAUUCUUAAGAUCAUUUUUGAAAAAUUAUUUGGAGCAGCACAGCCGGAAAGACAAUCUCAACCUUCAAACAAUGCAAGAUGGUCUUUUAUUCUUAAGAUCGUGGUUGGAGAAUCAUGGGGAGCAAUGCAAUCAGCACAAAGAACUUCAAGCCCUUUGGAGUCGUGUUAUAGAGGUAGCAUAUGAAGCAGAGUUUGUUUUUGACUCCUUAAUAGUUGGAGAUAUAUCAUUUUAUUCCCUGCUAUUAUUUGAUAAGAUCACACAAAAAGUUAAGCUUCUUAAAGGUGAAGCCCUGAAGAUUCAUGACAAAAAUUAUGUCUUCAAAUCCCUGACAGCUAUCACAAGUUGUUUAAAUUGUUCCCCAACAACAAGAAGCAAGUGGAGUGGCAGUAACAAAGAGCUUAGUACUGAUAGUGCUACUCAAAUUGAAGCUGUGGUGGGUUUGAAUGAGGAGGUAGAAGUGAUAAUCAAUCAACUUAAAGGAGGAUCAAUGCAGUUGGACAUGCUUUCCAUUGUGGGGAUGCCUGGGAUAGGUAAGACAACUCUGGCACAAAAGGUUUACCAUGAUCCUUCAGUUACAUCUCACUUCCAUGUUCGUGCUUGGUGUUGUAUCUCUCAAACAUAUAGCAAGCGAGAUCUGUUGUCUGAGAUUUUGGCUUGCAUUGAUCAGAAAGCUCAAUUUUCUGAGAUGAAGGAAGAUGAUGAUUUGGCUGAUAUAAUCCGUAAAAACUUGAAGGGAAAGAAAUAUCUCAUAUUUCUGGAUGAUGUAUGGGAUAUUGAGGCAUGGCAUACUUUGAAAAUAUCGUUUCCUGAUGAUGCCAAUGGAAGCAGAAUUCUCUAA